UGAAGACAUCGAAAUGAAGCGUGCUAAUACAUUUGACAAUUUGACAGCCUUUGCCUUAGAACGACAGAUUUUAUAUUCUGGGGUUUGAACCUCGAAUCAUCUGUCUUUGAACAUGUUUUCGAUUCGACCAACACGUGGAUUUAUGGAGUUGAAUAACUGAUGAACUGUGAGCCUGCAAACUAGUUUAGUCUAGCUAUCGUAGUUUGGCUGUAUACCAACCUGAAGUGGCUGACCUAACCACACCGGUAUCGUGGAUUUCGGACUUUAGAUUGUCUGACUGAAGAGGGAAUGGAGGACAUUGAAAGAUUGCUGACCUUUAUGUCGGAAGAGAUAGCAGGUAUCUUAGAACAACAACCAGUUGACUUCUUCAUCCUCUCAUGUUGGACUGAGGGCAGACUGGACGCUACGGUGACUCACUACCUGUGCCUCGUGAGCCAUGCUACUACCCUCGUCACUACUACUCCUCCUUGGCCUCCUCACCUGGAGUCCCAGUGCAUCAUGGGCCGCUAAAGUGAUCGUGGUCCCACCCAUCAUGUUUGAAUCCCACCUCUACAUCUUCAAGACGCUGGCCACGGCUCUGCAUCAGGAAGGCCAUGAGACCCAUUUUCUAAUUUCAGAGGGUCGCGGGGUGCCACCCUCACCUCACUACCAUUUACAGCGCUACCCAGGGAUCUUUAACAGCACCACAGCUGACAACUUCCUCCAGUCCAAAGUCAGCAACAUCUUCUCGGGUCGCCUGACCUUUCUGGAACUGUUUGACAUUCUUGACCACUACUCCCAGAACUGUGAUGCUGUCGUUGGCAGUGUUGAAGUAAUGACCCGCCUCAAGGAGGCCAAGUUUGACCUGCUGCUGGUGGACCCUAAUGAGAUGUGUGGUUUUGUGAUCGCUCACAUCCUGGGUGUGAAAUACGCCGUGUUCAGCACAGGCCUGUGGUACCCUGCAGAGGCGGGCGCCCCAGCCCCACUUUCAUAUGUACCCGAAUUCAACUCACUGCUGACAGACCACAUGUCUUUGUUCCAGAGGAUCGCCAACACAGCUGUUUACCUGGUGCAGCGCUUUGGAGUCCAUUAUAUUGCACUACCCAAGUAUGACCGGAUUAUGAAGAAGCAUGGAGUGAAGCCUCAAGUGGCCAUGGCUGACUUGGUGCAGGGCAGCCGGCUGUGGAUGCUGUGCACUGACAUGGCUCUGGAGUUCCCUAGGCCCACACUGCCACAUGUGGUGUAUAUCGGAGGCAUCCUCACUAAGCCCCCCAACCCACUGCCACAGGAGUUUGAGGCGUGGGUGAAUGACACAGCGGAGCAUGGCUUUGUGGUGGUGUCGUUCGGAGCUGGGGUCAAGUACCUUUCCCAUGACAUUGCACACAAACUGGCCGGAGCCCUUGCCAGGCUGCCCCAGCGUGUCGUUUGGAGAUUCUCUGGAGUUCCACCCAGUAACCUUGGCAACAACACCAAGCUUGUUGAUUGGAUGCCUCAGAAUGACUUAUUAGGCCACGCCAACACAAGGGCCUUCCUGAGCCACGGUGGCCUGAACAGCAUCUACGAGGCCAUGUAUCACGGGGUGCCGGUGGUAGGUGUUCCUCUCUUCGGAGAUCACUAUGACACCAUGACUCGUGUGGCGGCCAAAGGCAUGGGCAUCAUGCUGCACUGGAAGUACAUGACCGAAGAAGACCUCUACACAGCGCUGACCAGUGUCAUCAAAGACAGCAGGUAUCGCCAGCAAGCACGUAUCCUCUCCAACAUUCACAAAGACCAGCCGGGCCAUCCUGUGACCAGGGCCGUCUACUGGAUCAGCUACAUCCUACGUCAUCAAGGUGCCAACCACCUGCGCUCCGCCGUAUAUGAGGUGUCCCCCUACCAGUACUUCCUGCUGGAUGUGAUUUUCACUGUAGGGGCCGCCGUAGCUCUGACCAUCUUUGUCCUGCGACGGUUGGUACGAUUGCUGAGGGGAAAGUCCGGGGAGCAGAGCAGAGGAGUUGGCGACACUAGGGAUGAUGGUAACAUGGCCAAUGGACAUUGCCAUAGCGAGAGCAUGGCCAACGGGAAACACAAACGCAAUGGCUCCUUGAAAACUGAAAAGAAGAUGAAUUAAUGUUUCGAAUGGCCAAGAGGGACGAGGAAGAAGUUGCCCCAAGGACUCAGCUCUAGGUUUGGUUAAGUGGUUUUAUAAAAGCUUCGAGGAGAAAGCUGUUCUUAGGUCUGUGUCGAGAGGCAACUGCUACUCAGAGCGAGCGAGAGGCUGUAGGAGGAUACACGAUGCAUCGUGUGGGGACGGAGCAAGGCAUCGGGUGCUCAAAAUCUGUGUGUGCGUGUGUGGGUGUAUGUGUAUGUGUGCACUGAGGCGAAUUUAACGAAAAAACUCUAACAAAAAGCAGCUACAGCAAUACAACACCAAAUUGGAAAGUUAUUGAGGAUGAAACACAGGAAAGACACGUUGGGAGGACAUUGUUUCUUCACGUGCAUCAUCUCUCCUGCAUGUUCUCUGUCGUCUUCCUGCCUUCCUUACCCGUGGAAGGAUGAUGAAGAGGGGAAAUCCUGAGCGCCAACCCCUCAUCCUCAGAACAAAACAAGAAAACAAACGAAUAACUUUUGAAAUAGUUAGGAUUUAAUGUUUUUAACUGCAAACUCUGCUUCUACAAGUGUAAACUGUAAAUAGACAACAAAUAUAUUUAUUACUGUGUAAAUGCAUUUUAAUGAUGGACCUUUUUAACCUUAUCUUAUUUUUAAUUUAUUUCAUGAAUCAGUGGUGGGGUCGUGUGGUGGUAGAUGUACACUCCCUCCUCUUCGCACGGCAUAUUGUCUGACAUAUUGGUGAAGCAAACAAAACAAAGACUGACAGCUGCAGCUAUUACAAGUCGGCACAACUCUGUGCUCUCUGCAGUUGUAUUGUCCACAGUAUUCAUGGUGGUCUUGUUUUCAAGUGUGUUGAAAAUAUUUUCAACAUUUUUCCCUUUUCACAUGGUCGUGCCAUCCUGUGACUGCACUUAGCUGUGCGGUGUACCCAUUGUCUCUUGGCUGACAGUUUGUUCAGGUGGAGAGUAACUCAACUGUUUGGCUUAUCAGUGUGAAAAGGGGUGAUCAUGUCAUCAUCAAGAGAUUUCAUGGCAAUGGCUACCGAGGAUACUGUGGAUAGGCAGAGCCAGGUCACAAGUGUCCUUGAACUCAUCCAGUCAGGUGAUGAGGGAUGAGUCAGAGCUUUAUCGAUUUACGAAUACUUGCUCCGUCAGUCUAAUAUCUUAAUUCUGCAUCCCUCAUCUAUUUAUUAAUUAGGAUUCAUCACUUUAUUGCCAUGUUUAGUGCUACACUUGUACUUCAUUCCUCUAUGAUUCAUUUGAUUGAUGAUUUCUGAUGGAACUCCCUAAAAACACGAGGUUUCACCUGGAUGGAUGUGGUUUUGUGGGACUUCGGCGAGAUAUGUGAGCCUUCAGGAGACGUUGCUUAGUGGGCUUUCUUCCAGAAAGGGGUUUCUUGGUUGUAGUUGGGGUUACAAUGGAUAGAUUCUUGCCAGUAAGGGCUUUUUGGAGGAAAACCCCCUAGACAAACUUAUCUCAUGUGUGCUCUGUGCAUGUUCCACAACAAUGGAGCCUAUCCCAGCUGACACAUGGCGAGAGGCAGGGUACACCCUGGACAGGUCGCCAGACUAUCACAGGGCUGACACAUAGAGACAGACAACCAUUCACACUCACAUUCACACCUAUGGACAAUUUAGAGUCACCAAUUAACCCGCAUGUCUUUGGAUUGUGGGAGGAAGCCGGAGUACCCAGAGAAAACCCACGCUGACACGGGGAGAACAUGCAGACUCCGCACAGAAGGGCCCAUUUAGUUGUACAUAUUUUCCAGUAUAACAUCACAAUAGUCAGUUUGUGAAUUCAUCAGCAGUCGGGUAAAAGUCUUGAAAGUCUGCAGGCAGUUCUAACGUUAGCCGUGGUUGCCACCAUGCUAGCAAGACAAGGAGCAAAAACUGAAGGGUAUCUUUGUAAAUUAAUGAUCACAGAAGACUAGAAAAAAUAAUCUCUGUUUGAAAUUACAGCUAAGCUUGAGUUUUAAGGAAGAUAUUAGAUUAAUAAACUACUUUGUUAGCAGUCCAAAAAGUGACGAGACGACCCAUUGCAAGCCGAUGAGAACGUGCAUUGGGCAAAGAACACUAUGUGACGCAGUACGCAAGGCACCUCCUCCAGGCAAAACCCCAUGCUUUUAAGGAGUUACGAUUUCUGACAUAGCUCGUGUUGCAAAUGCUAGUUUUAAAUGACAGUUCAGGUCGAGAUCUGUCCAACGCUUCUCUCCUGCAAGUUAAAAUCUGUUAGACACCAAGGUUCAUGUACAAACUAGGUAGACCUUAUAUAAUUUUAUUAACUCUGAGUGUGAAUGAUUCACGUUCUGGAUGUGACCUUUUAUAAUGCAAAUAUUUGUGUAUGCAGUAUGCUUGAAUACAUGUGUAUGUGUGCUGUUCCAAUGCUUGUGAUCACUGUACAGCUUUAGACUUGAGUGUAUGGAUGAAACUAUGAUGUACGUUUUAAUCUACUGAGAGUCAUGUAAAAACAACCACUGGCCUUUCUGCCAUUGUGUGAAGCCAUCACACUAAGUGUACGCCCAUGCAAUGGAUUCUUUACGUUCUUUUCUUUCCGUAAGAUCGAAGCUGCCUUCUGUAGCUUUUUUUUUUUAUCCUCUUAUGUGUCAAUCCACUCCGCUUUAUGUUACUCUUGUUUCUCCGCCACCGUGUCUGUUAAUUCUUAAUGCAGAUGGAGGAAGGGUGUAAGGAGGGUGAAAGAGUGACUUAGUUCCGACAACAAAGGUGAACCCCUCUGCUUUUACAAUGGGUAAUGCUGUGUCAAAGUGACACUGAUCCCCGCAGUGAAAUUCUCUUUUCUUGAACCCCCGUCGAGGAGAUCAAAGUACAGGGCGAGCUGGAAGAGUAUCUUCGGAGUUUGUGGGGAUUCGGUAUCUUGCUAAUGGACAUUUCAGAAGGGCAGGUGCUCCGUGGACAUGGGACAUAAAAAUCUCAUGAACAUGAGACUUCCAGCUGGACGGGUCAUCAAAGCCUCAGGCCACACUUACUGUAUUUUCCUCCAUUGUUCCAGCAGCACAGCCCAGACGUCUACUUUGUAAAGCUGCAACUGCAAUUGGCAUUUCUAGCAAAGAGAUUGUUUACCAACUUACUAAAGCCUCACACAUGGACAAUACAGCAAUGUAAAGGAAACAGAAAUGCUAUCACUUAACCUGUCAGAAGUUGUCGAGGACUUAACAUCCAACCAUGUAUGUUCACAAAUCCUGUAUGAUAAAGGAAAUAAGCUUCAUGAUCUUCCUUUCUCUGUGAGCUACACUUACACCUGCACAGCCCAACCCAGCCCCGCUAAAACAGACUAUUAUACUUGAAUCAUCAUCAUUAUUAUCAUCAUCUAUUAAAAAUUCAGCUGUUGGUAAUGGGAGACGGGCCUGCAGGUGCUACAGAAGCUAUGAACAGAAUCUGGAGAGAAAAAAAUAUAUAUAUUUGUGAAGAUACAUCAUUUUUUUUAAUGAUUAUUUUCAGUAUUAAUGUUAGAGCUCCACAUAGUUAAAUGUCUACCCAUGCCCAUCCUUUACUACUCUCUAAUGUCUCUGUACUUGCUCCGCAGUCUGACGUGUUCUCGUGACGUUUGCAUUUCAUCAGCUUGAAGUUUUUCCUUUGUUCCGUCUUCAGUAGUGCACUCGCUCGUUCCAUUUGUCCGCCUCUUUGUCUCACUCUUGACUUCCUGCUGUCGUUGUAUUCUUGUCGUUUCCGUCCUCCUCCUCUCCCUCCUUAAAUAUUAGACAUUUCCACUCACUCGCUUUUUUUUAACCUUUAUUUUACUUUGAUUUUAAAAUGACAAAGUCCUCAAUUUUCCUGUCAUGUGUGUCCAUGUUGUAAAUAGAACAAUGUAAACAAAAUACUAAUGCUGAAUAAAAAUGACAUAUUUUGUUUGCAGAGA